AUGAUACUGCUCACGCUCGAGCUGGGAACGCGGCUCAUACCGCACUCGAAGUCCAACUAUGGAAGACUGUUGACAGGACUGAUUUCUCGGCCAAGAGUCUACAGGACACGAUCUCUGUCGAUAACACAGCCCCGAGACUUAGAGGAAACUGUGAAAGAUGAAGGACCCGCAAAACGUGUACCAGCGCAACAAAAACGGAAAUCGAAGACCAAUCCUGCGACAAAGUACAAGAGCGUUGCAGCGUAUCUUUCGUAUGCUCACCAAGGAGGCGUCUCUACCGAUUCAACUGUGUUCAAGGGAAAUGUAUAUGAACUCACAACGUUGGAACUACUCCAGGAGAAUCUAUGGCUAUCGAAUAUCUUGCACCAAGGAGGAGCACACGACCGAGGAGUUGAUGCUCGUGCCAAUUGGGAUCUCAACCAAUUCAAAGAUGCUGAUCCCGUGGAAUCCCCGGUGGCUUCCAGAUCCAUCAUGGUCAAUUCUAGGCGAAUCAAACCACUUGUGGAGCGAAAAAAUGCAGAGAGCCUCCAUGUGAAGCUGUUUGUGCAGUGCAAAUGCUACGAAAAAACAUCAAUUGAUACGCGAAUGAUACGUGAGAUUAAUGGUACAUAUCUCAACAAUGUUCCAGAGCGAGACCGGAGUCGGGUUUUCUUUAUGAUAGCCAGUCCCAAUGGGUUCACGAAGCAGGGCAGGCGGGACUUUGACAACUCUUCCAACCCACUCAUCCAUUGCCAGAUAGACAAAAUGAACAUAGUGGAUACAAGGGGUAGUGGCUACGAUAUUACGAAUUACACGCCUUCGAGAAUUCGUUCUUUUUAUUGCAAUCCGGUAGCAGAGGCAUUGCUGAAGGGGCUUGAUUGGAACCUCACCCUUAAGCACAGUCGACAGGCUGAAAUUUCGCAUAGAACUGUAUAA